GUCGGAGUAAGCCAUUAUCAGUAUUGAUCAACUGUGGCUUUUUUAAUGAAUCGUUAUCAGUUUUAGCAGUGUGUGCGUAUGAAAGACUGUGAACAACCAAACUGACAAUCCUAUUAUUCCGUGGCUAUUGUGCAACGUGGUGAGUAGUAAGAAUUUCUGGCUAAAGUCCAGGUCAAAGUGUGCUCUUUAGAAGAAUUAAAUAUCAAUUUGAUGACAUUGUGUCUAAAUUGGGCCCAGUGAUCAUUUUGGUGUCACUUCUUCCAUAAGAUCCUUUUGACCAGUGAAUUUAGAUGGAAAUUCGUUUAUAUGAGGAUGAUUGGUAUGGUGAACACACAAUAUGGUCUUUAGAUCCGCUGCUGAGAAGACUCCUAGCGAUCUUCCGUUCAGAUCUGCGACCUCGUAUGAACUAUUGCCCUUCUUUGCCACGAUGACGCACGGUCUAUAUUGUGGGCCUAUCUUCGCGUUGAAGUCCUUGUUGGCUGCUGAUAAGGUGAAACUCCUUUUAAACACCCGUUGUCCGACAGUGAAUGUCGCUUCAUCGAUCACUUCGAUGGACUGGGAAAUUGUUGGACGAAUUCCAAAGGCCUGCCAGAAGUCAUAUCCCAAGAUGCAACGACGAUUUAGGUUGGGAGCAACCAAGACCGGUAUUGAAUCGACGUUCGCAGCCAGCAUUGCAAUACGGCAGUCGUCCCGAGUAUUGCGGAAUAGGACGUCAAACUUCCGUUUUUCAUCCCAUGGAAUCGACAUGCAGCGAAAAAUCCGGACCAUGUCCAAGUAAAAAUCCUGGAACUUCUCCCUGGAACCUUGCUUUCGGUUAUUAGCUUGCCGUUCGUACACGUAAUCGAUGUCCACAGGCGACAUCUCAACGUUCGUUCUGAUGCACUACGAGAAGCAUCCGUCGUGCUACCGCGUAUCUUCAGUUCGUGUUCCAGUUCAUCUAUGGUCAGAUGACCUGGAUUCAUCGCAUGGUACUGUGCCGUAAUAUGAAGCAUCUCCAUCGCUGCUAUUGACAUUCAACCACGAGAAAAUCGAUAAAUAAAAAUCAAAAAGAAACUUAAAUUUUGCUCAAGUGGAGCUGCCAAUCAAAAUUAAUUGAAAAAUUCUAUUUUUGCACACUUUCGUUGCUUGAAAGCAGUUAAUUAAAAAAAAAAUUGGAAAUUCUAAAAUUUAUUCACGCUCCCUAUUGAAGCAA